AUGUUAACCAACUAUACCUAUUUUAGAAUGCCAACCUAUGAAAAUAGGUAACCUUACAUUCUUAGCACGAAAAACAACAAUAAUAGAUCUGUACCAUUGCCUCCAACUCCUAGGAGAGAAUAUUCGCAAAUCUCAAGCAGGUUUCAAAAAAUCAAAUUUUUGGGCAAAGGCAAAUACAGCGAUGUUUAUAUGGCAGUGUAAUAAUUAUUAAGGAAUUUUAUAGUGACAGGGCAACCAAUUGUAUUUUUGCAAUCAAAAUAAUAAAGAAGUCAAUCAUUAAUUAAUUUAAUCUCUCGAAAUUGUUAACUUAGGAGAUAAAAAUAGUAUCAUCAAUGAGUCAUCCUAACAUUAUGAAAUUUUAUGGAGUAAUUAGCGAUGACAAGGAAGUGGCUAUUAUCUUGGAAUGUUGUGAAUCUUCAUUAUACAAACUUUAUGAUAAAUUAGAUUAAAUAAACGAAGAGUAGAAAUUAUAAAUAAUUUUUGAAAUACUUUAAGCAUUUUCGUAUUUGCACGAUAAAAGUAUUCUUCAUAGAGAUGUGAAGCCUGAAAACAUCAUGAUGAUCUAGAAUCACAUAAAAGUGGGAGACUUCGGCUUGGCAAUCAGGUUGAAAACCAAAGAAAAGAUGAAAUCCAUUUGUGGAACUCCUUAAUACAUGGCACCAGAAGUAUUCAAAGGACUAGAAUACGAUAUCAAAGCUGAUUGCUACAGUUUAGGGGUGAUCAUAGAGGAAUUGAGAUGUAAAAGUAGUGAGAUCAGAAACAUGGUUCACAUUUUUAAAUAAAAUGAUUACAAUUUAAGGGGAAAUGUCAAGGAUUUCUUGUAAUUAAAAAUAUUUUCGAAAGUGAAAUAAAUUCUUUCAUAAACUAUGUUUAAAUGAUUUAAUUUAGUUAAUUUAGUUAAUAUAAUUAUUGAUGUUUGCUACAGUCGAUCCACUAACUGGAGGUUUGAUUUGGGAAGUAUAAGGUGAGAAGGAGAAAGAGCAAAAGGAGAAAACUAAGGUGAAAUAUAUAGAAAUAAAGGAUGUGAAUACAUAAUUCAAUCCUAGACCUAGUAGGUAUUCAUGAUUGUUAGUAAAAGAUUAUCAUUGGAGGAGAAAAUCAAAUUAUUAGAGCCCAUUGGAGAAGAAUUGAUUAGCAAAGAUGAAUUAAUAAAUCUAUUGAAAACAAAAACAUUUCCAAUUUGCUAUGAUGGAUUUGAACCAAGUGGAAGAAUGCACAUUGCACAAGGAUUACUUAGAGCACUAAAUGUGAAUAGAUUGGUCGAUGCAGGAUGUAUAUUCAUCUUUUGGGUUGCUGAUUGGUUUGCCUUACUUAAUAACAAGAUGGGAGGAGAUCUGAAUAAAAUAAAGAAUGUUGGUCGCUACUUCAUUGAGGUUUGGAAGGCAGCAGGGAUGAAAAUGCAUAACGUGUAUAAUAGAGAAAAUAACAUAAUAGGAAAUUCCUUUGGGCUUCAGAUGAAAUCAACAAGAGACCAAAUGAUUAUUGGUUAAGAGUGUUGGAUUUAGCUCGUAAAUUUAAUGUUUCAAGAAUUAAGAGAUGCGGAUAAAUUAUGGGUAGAAAUGACGACGAGUAAGAUGACAAGAUGGCUGUUGCUUAAUUAUUUUAUCCAUGUAUGCAAUGCAAUGACAUCUUCUUCUUGGAGGCUGACAUUUGUCAAUUGGGUAUGGAUUAAAGGUAAUAAUUCUAUUAAAUUCCUUCUUUAGAAAAGUCAACAUGUUAGCAAGAGAAUAUGCUGAUAGAUCAACAGAUGCUUAUAAACCAAUUAUUAUGUCACAUCACAUGAUGAUGGGUUUACUUGAAGGUCAAACAAAGAUGUCGAAAUCUGACUUAAAUUCAGCCAUCUUUAUGGAAGAUUCAGCAGAAGAUGUUAAGAAAAAGAUAAAGAAUGCUUAUUGUCCACCUUAAAUUACUAAGGAUAAUCCUGUGUUGGAUUACACCAAGGAAAUCAUAUUUGGAUGGAGAAAUAAACUCUAAAUUUUAAGAAAGCCUGAAAAUGGCGGAGACAAGGAAUAUACAUCCUAUGCUGAAUUGGAAGCAGAUUUUAUCUCAGGAGCUCUUCAUCCAGGUGAUUUGAAACCAGCAGUCACCUUAGUUCUCAACGAGUUAAUCUAACCAGUUAGAGAUCACUUCGCCAAGGACCCAGAAGCAAGAGCUUUGUUAUAAGAGAUUAGAUCAUAUCAAGUGACAAAAUGAAUAUUAAGUAUUAAACAUAAAGGGAAAUGUAC